GGGGGGAGCGUCGACUAGCGGCCACAGUCGAAUCGCGUCCGUCGUGCUGAGCGGUCGUGCUGUGUAUUGCAGAACCGGCCCGAAUGCCGGGAAACCUGUCGGCGGGAUGGCGGGCCACGGUGUAAGAGCUGCGCUAUGUUGAAACAUGCGACGCGGCCGCCGGCGGCUAACGAUGCCGAACACCGCUAUCAGAACAUGCCGCGGCGGCCGCACCACCACAUACCCCUGAACGUUUCCACCCUGGACUCUUCCAAGCACUCUGUUGGAGGCACCUCCGCCAGCGUUAGCCCGGGCGCGCAGCCGACAGCGGCACCUAUUCCAGUAGUGUCCCCUAUACCCGUUGCCUCUCCGCCGAAACUUGCCAACGGCAACGCGACUGGUGCGCCAACAACUAGACAACCGAGAAGUCGCAGCAACAGAGCAGCCACAGAAGAAGCGCUAACCUCUCUAGCGCUGCUGUGUCUGAUCAGCUUGCUGCUCGCGUUGCUGGCUCUGCUGUUCUUGCUGAAAAUAUCGGCGCCCGCGACGACUGCGCCAGAGGAAUUCGCCGUAGUGUACGAAGUGACAUUGGCUCUGUGUGCUUUGACAUUAUCGUUGAACCUAUGCUGUCUCUUGGUGUGUGCUAUACAGUUCCUGUUCGCGGUGAAGCUGGUGCAUUCCCAGUCAGCGCCGAACGGCCGAACAAACAAGUACCUGCAGAAGUCGGCCAUUACAAGAAUAUGCGCCGUUGGAGGCUUUUUUAUAUCAAUACCCGUGUUUUUAACAGGUAUAAUCCUGUACACGUUCAUCCAAUUCCAUUCUACGCCAGCAAUAGUAACCUCGGUGUUUAUUGGCGUCGGCAUAAUCUUCUGCGGUUGCGCGAUGGUCCACAAUGUGUUUGUAUGGCAGAAGGAGAAAACAAACUUGGUGAAAGCGUUCCGAGCGCAAGAAGUUACGAUGAAUACAUCGAACGGUGUGAUCAUGAAUGGCCAUUUGAAUAACACGGGAGCCGGCAAUGUAAGCUUCCAUAGCAUGACUGCGCCGUACACACAUCCCAUUACGCUGUUGCAACAGGGAGGCCCCUAUAUUAUAAGACCACCAACAAGCACGCCGCCUGGUGAGGGGGCAGCUACCCCCGGCGUACCGGCCGCUACCAUCGACCUCAGCCACGAUACUCACGAACUAAGCACCCUCGUCUAAACCCAGGGUUAAAUGAACCCUGGACUGGUGAUAAAGAAAAAUAGACUAUAGUCCAUACAUGCGUUUAUACUCAUUUGAGAUAACCGUUUCUUAAAUAUAUCCUGGAUUUAAAUCAGUGUACGUAAUACUGUCUUAAUCCAGGGUGUUUUAUAUGGAAAACCUUAUAUCAGUCAUUCAAACACUUUUUAUGGAAGCGCUUUUGAAUCGUUUACGACUGAAAAGAUAUAGUGGUCUAUCGAAAAAAAUUGUAACGCGGCGCGCUGAGCAAUAUUGGCUUAUCGAAAACGAGUCUUCAGAAAGUAAAAGACGAUGGGGACGAAAUACUGAAUAAUGCUCGGAGUACGUAGUAUAUUUGACGGAUCACAGUACGAAAUACCUACUUAAUUAAUUAAGAAUGUGUAAAGGGAAAAUCAUCCUGAAAUUCUAAAAACCUUUUAUUUCUAACAAUAUUGAUCGAAAUUUGAAUGCUGACGCGUCUCAGAAGUAAAUUGUUUACGAAGAAAAACGAAAUUUUGAACGAAUUAAACUAUUAAAUUUUCCGUUUUCUGGAUAUAGUUUUGGAAGUCGUUGGUUGUAUUAAAUUAACCCUUCCAAGUUUUCGAUUGUUGAUCAGUAACUUUAUCAACAAGUUGUGAACUUCAAAAUAUGCUAUCAAGCCCAAAUAACAGUUUUUGAUUUAUUUUCAUACAUUAAUUGUCAUUUUAACUGUCAGUUAUUCUAGUGCUUUAUUUAGCAUCCAGGCAUGAAACAGGUCACCUAUCGUAAUGAGCAUUUAAACAAAACUAAACAUCACAAUGGUUUUAAACGGUUCCACCUUAAUAAUAGUAAGUUAUUGUUAAUUGUAAUAUAACUGUAAAUAUUGUUUUAUUAAUAAAUAAUAUUAUGAUUAGUUUCGCCAUUUCUAACUUAAUGAAUAUAGUAGGUAUUUAUUAAUAGUAACUUAGUUUAUGCCUUAUAUAAAGAUUUUUGUAGUGAUAUGCCUUUUUGUUAGAAAAGGCGUCUUAUUUUUGAGUGCUUUAUAAUCUAAAUAUCAUAGACUAUGGAAUAUAGUUAAAAUAUUAAUAUUACGAAAAAAAGAAUCAAAUCAUCCUAAAAUUACUUUUACAAUAUCUCAAUACUUUUGAAAAAAAUCUAAUAACUACUAUAUGAAAAUGCCUAAAUUAUUAUUAACCAAUCAAUUAGUCCAUGGAUGUCUAUGGUUUUAGAUUAUAUAUGCUUUAAAAAUGCCAUUUAAAAACGUCACAACCUGUUUUCUGAGAAAUAUCAAUAAUUACAUAGCAAAAAUUAUUUGAUACCAAUGGUAAUAUAUGAAAAUGUUAUAAUAUUUAACUUCCAUGUUUAAAUCACUAACUUGUUAUUAAAGCAAUGACUGUCAAUAUUGCGAAUAUAAAAUUAUGUUUAAAAUAAUGUUCUAAUAUAAAUAAUAACACGUGUUUAAACCCACCAAUUGGUAAAAAAACGACAUUCUGUAUCCAUACUGUAUAUUUGUACAUAGUGAUAAAACACAAAUCUGGAGGCAUAAUUAAUUUAUUUAACAGGUUUUUAAUGUUAGUUAAGACACUUAAUAAAAGUGAAUUUUUAAAAA